AUGCCGGGGAAGUUGAAAGCUAAGAUCGUGGCAGGGCGCCACUUACCAGUCAUGGACAGAGCCAGCGACCUCACUGAUGCCUUCGUAGAGGUGAGCAACGUAAUCCUACAACCAUUUCAACACGUGUAUAUACUGUGUUACAGUGCUGCAGUCCUAGCCUUGUGGUGUUCUUCAUUGAUGUUCUUACAGGUCAAGUUUGGCAACACAACUUUCAAAACAGACGUCUUCCCCAAGUCCCUUAACCCACAGUGGAACUCGGAGUGGUUCAAAUUUGAGGUAAAAUGUAUGGAAACUACUUCUUGACUUAUUUCUCUGUGAAAUUAGAUCUCCGUGAAGUAGGCUACCAGAAUUGUUCAACCUUGGCUUAGUACUAGCGCGCUACAGGAGCUGACUGACUGUGCUGUUGUGAUCAUUUCCAUCUUCCUGGAGCCUUCCUCCAAUCGCUGUCUUAUUGUUGACGUUUCCCCUCGUUUCCUGUGCCCAAUUAGAUGUUUUAAUAAUUCGUGUUUGUGAAUGGCAUUGGAUUACAGUGUAAAUACGCUACAGUCAACAUGAUAGUAUGUAUCCUUGUUUCCUCAACUUUGUCACCCUCCUACUAGGUGGAUGAUGAGGACUUGCAGGAUGAGCCAUUACAAAUCACAGUGUUGGACCAUGACACUUACAGUGCCAACGAUGCAAUAGGGAAGGUCUACAUUGACAUCGACCCUCUGCUGUCCUGCGAGGCUGCUACUGUCAUCUCUGGAUGGUUCCCCAUCUACGACACUAUACACGGUGUGUUUGUUAUAGGGUCAUUCUAUUUGAUUUCAAUCACUUUUUGACCCACCUCUUUUGAUUUGAACGAAACUUUCCAUACUUAUUUGCCCAUGGUAGAAGUGGUCAGAAAGUGACAUUUUGGACCUGAUUGGCAAAACAUUCAGGAGAUGGAGGUACUCAAAGUUGACCCGUUUUGCAUACCCCACCAUACCAUGAGACAUCCAUUUCUUAAUCACUGGAACAUUUUUACGGAUGAGUUUGAUAUAAUUUAAAAGCUUAUAUAAAAAAUAAAGCUUGUAUGGAAAGUUUCAUUCAAAUCAAAAGGGGUGUGGUCAAAAAGUGAUCGCAAUCAAAUGGAACGACCUUGUAUAAUUCCCCGUCUACCACACUAUACAUUGAGUCUGUUAUAUACAGUGAGGGAAAAAAGUAUUUGAUCCCCUGUUGAUUUUGUAUGUUUGCCCACUGACAAAGAAAUUAUCAGUCUAUAAUUUUAAUGGUAGGUUUAUUUGAACAGUGAGAGACAGAAUAACAAAUAAUAAUAAUAAUAAUAAUAAUAUGCCAUUUAGCAGACGCUUUUAUCCAAAGCGACUUACAGUCAUGCGUGCAUACAUUUUUGUGUAUGGGUGGUCCCGGGGAUCGAACCCACUACCUUGGCGUUACAAGCGCCGUGCUCUACCAGCUGAGCUACAGAGGACCACAACAAAAAAAAUCAGAAAAACGCAUGUCAAAAAUGUUAUAAAUUGAUUUGCAUUUUAAUGAGGGAAAUAAGUAUUUGACCCCCUCUCAAUCAGAAAGAUUUCUGGCUCCCAGGUGUCUUUUAUACAGGUAACGAGCUGAGAUUAGGAGCACACUCUUAAAGGGAGUGCUCCUAAUCUCAGUUUGUUACCUGUAUAAAAGACACCUGUCCACAGAAGCAAUCAAUCAAUCAGAUUCCAAACUCUACACAAUGGCCAAGACCAAAUAGCUCUCCAAGGAUGUCAGGGACAAGAUUGUAGACCUACACAAGGCUGGAAUGGGCUACAAGACCAUCACCAAGCAGCUUGGUGAGAAGGUGACAACAGUUGGUGCGAUUAUUCGCAAAUGGAAGAAACACAAAAGAACAGUCAAUCUCCCUCGGCCUGGGGCUCCAUGCAAGAUCUCACCUCGUGGAGUUGCAAUGAUCAUGAGAACGGUGAGGAAUCAGCCCAGAACUACACGGGAGGAUCUUGUCAAUGAUCUCAAGGUAGCUGGGACCAUAGUCACCAAGAAAACAAUUGGUAACACACUACGCCGUGAAGGACUGAAAUCCUGCAGCGCCCGCAAGGUCCCCCUGCUCAAGAAAGCACAUAUACAGGUCCGUCUGAAGUUUGCCAAUGAACAUCUGAAUGAUUCAGAGGAGAACUGGGUGAAAGUGUUGUGGUCAGAUGAGACCAAAAUCGAGCUCUUUGGCAUCAACUCAACUCGCCGUGUUUGGAGGAGGAGGAAUGCUGCCUAUGACCCCAAGAACACCAUCCCCACCGUCAAACAUGGAGGUGGAAACAUUAUGCUUUGGGGGUGUUUUUCUGCUAAGGGGCAGGACAACUUCACCGUAUCAAAGGGACGAUGGACGGAGCCAUGUACCGUCAAAUCUUGGGUGAGAACCUCCUUCCCUCAGCCAGGGCAUUGAAAAUGGGUCGUGGAUGGGUAUUCCAGCUUGACAAUGACCCCAAACACACGGCCAAGGCAACAAAGGAGUGGCUCAAGAAGAAGCACAUUAAGGUCCUGGAGUGGCCUAGCCAGUCUCCAGAUCUUAAUCCCAUAGAAAAUCUGUGGAGGGAGCUGAAGGUUCGAGUUGCCAAAUGUCAGCCUCGAAACCUUAAUGACUUGGAGAAGAUCUGCAAAGAGGAGUGGGACAAAAUCCCUCCUGAGAUGUGUGCAAACCUGGUGGCCAACUACAAGAAACGUCUGACCUCUGUGAUUGCCAACAAGGUUUUUGCCACCAAGUACUAGGUCAUGUUUUGCAGAGGGGUCAAAUACUUAUUUUCCUCAUUAAAAUGCAAAUCAAUUCAUAAAAUUUUUGACAUGCGUUUUUCUGGAUUUUUUUGUUGUUAUUCUGUCUCUCACUGUUCAAAUAAACCUACCAUUAAAAUUAUAGACUGAUCAUGUCUUUGUCAGUGGGCAAACGUACAAAAUCAGCAAGGGAUCAAAAAAUUUUUUCCCUCACUGUAGUUCCCCAUCUGACACUAGUGACGUCAGUCAUAUACUUCCCCAUCAAAAGGUGCAUGGCCACAGUGGGACUUUUCAGACACAGAUACAGUGUUCUCUGUGUAACAGCCUAUAAAUGUAUGCUGUUGGUCUUUGCUGUAAAAAAAACUGCUUUACUUAAAGCUGUUCUUUAACUGUGUCCGUUGGGUCGUAAUGAUGUAGGUUCUGUCUUCCUAGUGUCAGAUGAGAGAGUAACGUGUUAGUGAAGAGUUGGGGUUUCUAGGGUUAGGUGCUGUUUCUAUCUGGUAGUAAUGUUUCUGUUGAUGUCCUCUCCUCUCCUGCAGGUAUCAGAGGGGAGAUUUAUGUUCUGGUGAAGGUGGACCUCUUCAAUGACCUGAACCGCUUCAGACAGUCCUCCUGUGGUGUCAAGUUCUUUUGUAGUGAGUCUGGUUCGCUAUGGGGCUGUAAUAUAGUAGAGAUGACGUCUAGUCACAAGAAAUGACUAAUGAUGAUGAUGAAUAUGUGUUUGAUAUGUGUUUAUGCGCAUCGCUGUGUGUUAGCAACGUCCAUCCCGAGGUGUUACCGCGUGGCGCUGGUCCAUGGCUUUGUUGAGGAGCUGGUGGUGAACGAGGACCCAGAGUACCAGUGGAUUGACCGCAUCAGAACCCCCAGAGCUUCUAACGAGGCCCGCCAGAGACUCAUCUCUCUCAUGUCUGGUACAUAACCCCGCUAUCUAACUCUCUCUAUAUACACUCCCCUACGUUUUGGACAGUGAAGCUAAAACGUUUAAUUUGUCUCUCUACUCCAGCGUUUUGGAUUUGAGAUCAAAUGUUUUCUGAGGUGACAGUACAGGAAUGUCUUUUUAUUUGAGGGUAUUUUCGUGCCUUCAGAAAGUAUUCAUACCCCUUGACUUAUUCCACAUUUUGUUGUGUUACAGCCAGAAUUCAAAAUGGAUUAAAUUGAUAUAUGUUCUCACCCAUCUACACGUAAUACCCCACAAUGACCAAGUGAAAACAUGAUUUUAGAAAAUGUUGCUAGUUAAACUUAAAUACAGAAAUAUCUAAUUUACAUAAGUAUUCACACCCCUGAGUCAAUACUUUGUAGAAGCACCUUUGGCAGCGAUUACAGCUGUGAGUCUUUCUGGGUAAGUCUCUUAAAAGCUUUCCACACCUGGAUUGUGCAACAUUAGCCCAUUUAUUAUUUUCAAAAUUCUUCAAGUUCUGUCAAAUUGGUUGUUGAUCAUUGCUAGACAAGCAUUUUCAGGUCUUGCCGUAGAUUUAAGUUAAAACUGUAACUCGGCCACUCAGGAACAUUCACUGUCUUCUUGGUAAGCAACUCCAGUGUAGAUUUGGCCUUGUGUUUUAUGUUAUUGUUCUGCUGAAAGGUGAAUUCAUCUCCCAGUGUCUGGUGGAAAGCAGACUGAACCAGGUUUUCCUCAAGGAUUUUGCCUGUGCUUAGCUCCAUUACGUUUCUGUUUAAUCCUGAAAAACUCCCCAGUCCUUAACGAUUUGAAGCAUACCCACAACAUGAUGCAGCCAUCCCUAUACUUGAAAAUAUGGAGAGUGGUACUCAGUAAUGUAUUGGAUUGGAUUUGCCCCAAACAUGACAAAAAGUUAAUUGCUUUGCCACAGUUUUUGCAGUAUUACUUUAGUGUCUUGUUGCAAACAGGAUGCAUGUUUUGGAAUAUGUUUUAUUCUGUACAGGCUUCCUUCUUUUCACUAUGUCAAUUAGGUUAGUAUUGUGGAGUAACUACAAUGUUGUUGAUCCAUCCUCAGUUUUGUCCUAUCACAGCCAUUAAACUCUGAAACUGUUUUAUUAAAGUCACCAUUGGCCUCAUGGUGAAAUCCCUGAGCUGUUUCCCUCCUCUCCGGCAACUGAGUUAGGAAGAAUUUACAUUUUAGUCAUUUAGCACACGCUUUUAUCCAGAGCGACUUACAGUUAGUGAGUGCAUACAUUUUCAUACUGGCCCCCCAUGGUAAACGAACCCACAACCCUGGCGUUGCAAGCGCCAUGCUCUAACAACUGAGCUACAGGGGACUACAAGAAUGCCUGUAUCUUUGUAAUGACUUCCCCAUGCUCAAAGGGAUAUUCAAUGUCUGCUUUUCUUAUUUAUACCCAUCUACCAAUAGGUGCCCUUCUUUGCGAGGCAUUGGAAAACCUCCCUGGUCUUUGUGGUUGAAUCUGUGUUUGAAAUACACUGCUCGACUGAGGGACCUUACAGAAAAUGUUAUGUGUGGUGUAUAGAGAUGAGGUAGUCAUUAAAAAAUCAUGUUAAACAUUAUUGCAUUUGUAAAAAUGUCUGAUAACAUAAUUCCACUUUGACAUUAUAGUGUAUUUUGUAGGCCAGAGACAACAAAUCAACAACAUGUUUACAUUCAGGCUCUAACACAACAAACUGUGGAAAGAGUCAAGGGGUGUGAAUACUUUCUGAAGGCACUCGGAAAGUAUUCAGACCCCUUCACCUUUUCCACAUUUUGACUAGUCUCCCAGUCCCUGCCGAUGGAAAAACAUCUGCAUGAUGCUGCCACCAUCAUGCUUCACCGUAGGGAUGGUGCCAGAUUUCCUCCAGACGUAACGCUUGGCAUUCAGGCCAAAUAGUUCAAUCUUGGUUUCAUCAGACCAGAAAAUCUUGUUUCUCAUGGUCUGGGAGUCCUUUAGGUGCCUUUUGGCAAACCCCAAGUGGGCUGUCAUGUGCCUUUUUACUGAGGAGUGGCUUCCGUCUGGCCACUCUACCAUAAAGGCCUGAUUGGUGGAGUGCUGCAGAGAUGGUUGUCCUUCUGGAAGGUUCUUCCAUCUCCACAGAGGAACUCUGGAGCUCUGUCAGAGUGACCAUCGGGUUCUUGGUCACCUCCCAGACCAAGGCCCUUCUCCCCCGAUUGCUCAGUUUGGCCGGGCGGCCAGCUCUAGGAAGAGUCUUGGUGGUUCCAAACUUCUUCCAUUUAAGAAUGAUGGAGGCCACUGUGUUCUUCUGGACCUUCAAUGCUGCAGAUAUUUUUUGGUAUCCUUCCCCACAUCUGUGCCUUGACACAAUCCUGUCUCGGAGCUCUACGGACAAUUCCUUCGACCUCAUGCCUUGGUUUUUGCUCUGACAAGCACUGUCAACUGUGGGACCUUAUAUAGACAGGUGUGUGCCUUUUCAAAUCGAUGUCCAAUCAGUAGAAUUUACACAAUCAAGGGGUCUGAAUACUUUCCAAAUGCACUGUACGUCUCUUGUCUGAGCCGUUGAAUUGCAACUCCACUCUGUCCCUGUACUGUCGUUUUCACCUGCUUGAUUGCCUUACGGAGGGCAUAUCUGAACUGUUUGUAGUCUUCCAUGUUCUCAGUCACCUUGGUUAAAUGCGGUGGUUCGCACUUUUAAGUUUUGCGCAAAUGCUACCAUCUAUCCACUUGUUUUGGAUAAGUUCAAAUCGUCACAGUGGGAACAACAUCCUCUAUGUACUUCCUGAUGAACUAAGGCACCGAGUCAGUGUAUACGUCAAUACUAUUCUAAGGCAACAAGGAACAUAUCCCAGUCCACUUGAUCAAAACAAUCUUGAAGUAUAUAUUCUGAACGGUCAGACCAACAUUGAACAGUCCUUACCACGGGUACUUCCUGUUUAAAUUUCUGCCUAUAGGAGGGGAGGAGCAGAAUGGAGGCAUUGACUACAGCUCAGCGUUCAACAUCAUAGUGCCCACAAAGCUCAUCACUAAACUAAGGACCCUGGGACUAAACACCUCCCUCUGCAACUGGAUCCUGGACUUCCUGACGAGCCGCCCCCAGGUGGUAAGGGUAGGCAACAACACGUCUGCCACACUGAUCCUCAACACUGGGGCCCCUCAGGGGUGCGUGCUUAGUCCCCCCUGUACUCCCUGUUCACCUACGACUGUGUGGCCAAGCACGACUCCAACACCAUCAUUAAGUUUGCUGACGACAUAACAGUGGUAGGCCUGAUCACCGACAUCGAUGAGACUGCCGAUAGGGAGGUCAGAGACCUGGCAGUGUGGUGCUAGGACAACAACCUCUCCCUCAAUGUGAGCAAGACAAAGGAGCUGAUCGUGUACUACAGGAAAAGGAGAGCAGAACACGACCCCUUUCACAUCGACGGGGCUGUAGUUCCUUGGUGUGCACAUCAACAACGAACUAUUAUGGUCCAAACACACCAAGACAGUCGUGUAGAGGGCACGACAAAGCCUAUUCCCCCUCAGGAGACUGAAAAGAUUUGGCAUGGGUCCCCAGAUCCUCAAGAAGUUCUACAGCUGCACCAUCGAGAGCAUCCUGACCGGUUGCAUCGCCGCCUGGUAUGGCAACUGCUCGUCAUCUGACCGUAAGGCGCUACAGAGGGUAGUGCGUACGGCCCAGUACAUCACUGGGGCCAAGCUUCCUGCCAUCCAGGACCUAUAUACUAGGCGGUGUCAGAGGAAAGGCCAGAAAAUUGUCAGACUCCAGUCACCCAAGUCAUAGACUGUUCUCUGCACGGCAAGCGGUACCAGAGCGCCAAGUUUAGGACCAAAAGGCUCUUUAACAGCUUCUAUCCCCAAGCCAUAAGAAUGCUGAAGAAUUAAUCAAAUGGCUUCCUUGACUAUUUACAUUGACAACCCCCCCCCCCCCCCCCCCCCCCCCCCCCAAUUUAAUUUUACACUGCUUCUACCCGCUGUCUAUUAUCUAUGUAUAGUCACUUUACCCCUACCUACAAUUGCCUCGACUAACCGGUACCCCUGCACAUUGACUCGGUACCGGUACCCCCUGUAUAUAGCCUCGUUACUUUUUAUAAUUUUUUACUUUUGUUUAUUUGGUAAAUAUUUUAUGAACUCUAUUUCUUGAACUGCAUUGUUGGUUAAGGGCUUGUAAGAAUGCAUUUCACGGUAAGGUCUACACCUGUUGUAUUCGGCGAAUGUGACAAAGUUUGGUUUGAUUUGCUGAAGUGAAGGCGGGGUACGGCCUUGUAGCUGACCCGGAAGGGGUAGUAGCAUUGGUCAAGAGUGCUAGAUGAGCGAGUAGCACAGGAGAUCUGUUGAUAAAAUUUCCGUAGCGUUUUCCGCAGAUUUCCUUUAAGUUCCCAGCUAUAAUAAAUAUGGCCUCAGGAUAUGCGGUUUCCAGUUUGCACAUAGUCCAGUGUAGUUCCUUGAGCCGUCGUGGGGUCAGCUUGGGGGGGGGGGAGUAUACACGGCCGUGACGAUGACCGAAGAUAAUUAUCUCGGGAGGUGACGCGGUUGGCAUUUGAUGGUGGGGUAUUCCAGAUCUGGAGAACAAAAGGACUUGAGUUCCUGUACGGUACUACAGUCACACCAUGAGUAGUUAAUCAUGAAACAUACACCUCCACCUUUCUGUCUGUGUGAUGGAUGGAGAACCCCGCUGGCUGAAUGGACAGGGACAGCAUAUCCGGAGAGAGCCAUGAUUCCGUGGAAGAGUUAUUUAUAGGGUUGAGCGAUAUCCUGAUUUUCAUACUACCAUUUCCUUUCUGUACUGUAGCAUGGUAUACGGUAUUACCGAAUGUGCACACAAGGGGCGCUAUAAUUUUGUUAACGCACAAAACAAUUUAGUUAACAGGGAUCUUGAUCCAGGAGGGGAUUGAAUGUAUCUGCUGUAACCAAGAAGCAUGAUCUUGACAUCUAGCCACUUAGCUAUCAAGUUAGCAAAUCAAAUGCAUGGAGCCCUGAGCUAGAUAAAAUUUAUUUGACACGUUUUAGAUUUCUUAUAGUUAUACUUAACUUAUUGCUUAGUUAUAAGCAGUGGCGUAGCACGCACCCUCGCAGCUCCCCCAACCCUUCAUACCAUCGGGAUUUCGAAAUACCCCUGUACACUGUAUAAACGGAUAUUGCCCAAGUCUAGUAUGUUAGUCCCUGAUGUCUCUGGAAGGAUAUCCUCUCCCUGAGCUCGUCUACUUUAUUGUCCAGGGACUGAACAUUAGCGAGUAAUAUACUCCGAAUCGGUGGAUAAUAUGCACGCCUCCUGAGUCGGACGAAAAGCCCAAUCCUUAUUCCUCUUCUCCAACGACGGUGUCUUGGGGCAGCCCCUGGGAUUAAUGGAAUUGCCUUGGGGAGUAAAAGAAAAGGAUCCAAUUCAGGAAAGUCUCAUUUCUAGUCAAAAUGCUGGUGAGUGACCGUUGAUCUAAUAUCCAAAAGUUAUAUUCGGCUGUAGGUAAUAAUGCAAGAAAAGUUCUGAGCAAAAAAACAUUUAUUCGAAGUUGGCUAGGCGCUAUAAACAGGGCGACCAUGUCUGUCGGCGCCAUCUUGUUGAUCUCGCUCUCCGAGGCCGACGUGAGUAAGUUAUUUAAUCAGGUCAACACUCGCAAGGCCGUGGGGCCAGACGGUAUUACAGAGCGUUCUCAGAGCAUGCGCAGAACAGCUGGCAGGCAUAUUCACAGUCAUUUUCAAGUCUCCUUGUCCCAGUCUGUAAUCCCUACAUGUCUUAAACUGACCACCAUCAUUCCUGUUCCCAAGAAGUCGAAGGCUUUAUGCCAUAACAGCUACCGCUCUGUAGCACUCACAUCUGUUCCCAAGAAGUCGAAGGCUGGUUAUGGCACACAUCAACUCCAUCAUCAAGCUUAGGACCCUAGGACUGAACACCUCCCUCUGCAAUUGGAUCCUGGACUUUCUGACGGGCCGACUCCAGGUGGUGAGAGUAGGCAACAUCACCUCCGCUACGCUGACCCUCAACACGGGGGCCCCACAAGGGUGUGUGCUUAGUCCCCUCCUGUACUCCCACGGCUGCGUAGCCACGCAUGACUCCCAACACAGUCAUCAAGUUUGCUGACGACACGACGGGGGUAGGCCUGAUCACCGGCAACAAUGAGAAGGCCUACAGGGAGGAGGUCAGUGACCUGGCAGUGUGGUGCCGGGACAACAACCUCUCCCUCAACGUCAGUAAGUGCAAGGAGCUGAACGUGGACUACAGGAAACGGGGGGGGUGAACGAGCACGCCCCAUCCAUAUUGACGGGGCUGCAGUGGAGCGGGUCAAGAGCUUCAAGUUCCUCGGUGUCCAAAUCACUAAGGACUUAAAAUGGUCCACACACACUGGCACAGUCGUGAGGAAGGGGCGACAGCGCCUCUUCCCCCUCAGGAGGUUGAAAAGGUUUGGAAUGGGCCCUCAUAUCCUCAAAGUUAUACUGCUGCACCGUUUGAGAGCAUCUUUACUGGCUGGAUCACUACUUGUUGUAGCAACAGCACCACCCUCGAUCUCAUGGCUCUACAGAGGGUGUUGCGGACAGCCCUGUACAUCACUGGGGCCGAGUUCCCUGCCUUCCAGGACCUCUAUAUCAAGCGGUGUGAAAGGAAGGCCUGGAAAAUCGCAACAGACUCCACCACCCAAGUCAUAGACUGUUACUCUGCUUCCGCAAGGCAAGCGGUACCGGUGGAUCAAGUCUGAAACCCAACAGGCUCUUGAACAGCUUCUAUCCCCAAGCCAUAAGACUGGCUACACAGAUUAUUGGAGUUGACCCUUGUGUGUUAGUGUCUCUAUGCACACUCACAGGACUCUACACACUCACGCGCGCACAAACACACACUCCAUAUGCUCACAAACAUGCAUACAUUUAUACUGACUCUACAAACACACACACACACUCACGUACAAUCAUCAUAUACGCUGCUGCUACUCUGUUUAUCAAAUGUCCUGAUGCUUAGUCACCUUACCCCUAUACAUAUCUACCUCUUAUCACUACAGUAUCCCCUGCACAUUGUAAAUAUGUUAUUGGAACUGACCCUAUAUAUACCUUACUUACUUUUCGUGUUCUUAUUUUUAUUUAUUGUGUGUUUUCGUUCUACCUUGUUAUUUUUAGUACUAAAUUGAUAUUGGUUACUGCAUAUUAGGUUUAGAGCUUGCAAGAAAGGCAUUUCACUGUACUUGUGCACGUGACAUUAAUACUUUAAACCUAUUCUUAGCACUCAAUGACUACUGUAUAUAUUACACUAUAUAACUAUUCUAUAGUAUUACAGUAUAUAACAUCAGAACCCUCAGGGCUUCUAACAAGGCCUGCCAGAGACUCAUCUCCCUUAUGUCUGGUAUAUACAUCAACACCCAGGGUUAUCUAAACAUACACAUACUGUAGGAUAAUCUGAAGGUAAACCACGUGUCAAACUCCAGUCCUUGAGGACAGUAGUGUCUGUGGGUUUUAGUUUUUCCCUGGUAAUGAUUAGCUAGGAAGUCCACACAUAACUUGGUUGAAAUAUAACUUAGUCUUUCCAGGUCUAAAUCAGACACUAAAGUAAAAACAUCACUGGCCUUUGACCCCUGGUUAAAUUAAGGCCAUGGCUGCGAACACUGAGUUUUCUCCCCCGCCCUGCCCCUCUGGAAACCUCUUUCUCAAAGCUACGGCUCCAGAUCACCUUCUGUGCGUGUGGUGUUUUACACACAUUUUUUCUACAUAGCUUCUGCUCACACUCCACCUCCCUUAACGUUUCUCUCUUUACUCACCCUCUUCUGAAACAUGAUGAUGUAGCUGAUGUCUCUGCCUCAUAUUUCUGAACAGCUGAAAUAAACACCCAGAGGCGAUUUGAAUGAACAUUCAAGGCCAUAAUUAUAUUUAUUUAUUUUACCUUUAUUUAACUAGGCAAGUCAGUUAAGAACAAAUUCUUAUUUACAAUGACGGCUUACACCGGCCAAACCCGGACGACGCUGGGCCAAUUGUGUGCCGCCCUAUGGGACUCCCAAUCACGGCCGGUUGUGAUACAGCCUGGAAUCGAACCAGGGGGUCUGUAGUGACGCCUCAACCACUGAGAUGCAGUGCCUUAGACCGCGGCGCCACUCGGGAGCCUGCCAUUGUUAUGAAGGCUACAACCUUCAGACUGUUGUAACGGAUAUUGCAGUUGCACAGGCAGGACACAGUCCCUACACAUUGCAUUGGAGCAAAAACAAUCUGCGUUUUGUGUGAUGAUGUAGGCUAAUGUUUGUAGUUGCUGCCGUAUUGUAGCCAUUAGCCAGACUUGCUGAAAAAGAACACUACUACUUUGUCUGCAUCCUGCUUAGCCAAUGUUUGCAAUCAUGAUUAAAAAACGUUGUGUUUGAUAUGCAGCCUAGAUAGCUGCAUGUACCCCACUUGAGUUUUGCGAUGAAACAAAAAACUCUGCAAGUUUGUACGAAACAUGUUCAUAUCUUUCGUGUACAACAUGUAAAUAGCUCUAUGUAGCCUAACUCCCCUCCUGAAAAAGGAACAUGGAAUCGCGCUUAUGCUUAAUAGCCUACUGAGGCAUGGAAUUUUUACAUUUGUAGACGACACCAGACAAAGGCGUUCAUCGCCGAUAUAGGAUAGGGAAGCAGCAGCGGAGCAGUGAGCAGCAGCUACAGUUGCAGCGGAGUGGGCAGCAGCUAUGUAAAAACAAAUCCCGCACAUGAACAGAAAUCUCUGUAUCCUUAAGCCACGGCAAAUCGGGUUUCCAGAAAAUCCGGAACUGCAGCCACUCCAUUAAAUUAAACCGUCUCUCCCUCUCUGUGUGUGUGUGUGUGUAGGUGAGCUGCAGAGGAAGAUAGGUCUGAAGGUGUUGGAGAUGGGUGGUAAUGCGGUGGUGGGGUACCUGCAGUGCUUUGAUCUGGAGGGAGAGUCAGGUCUGGUGGUCCGAGCCAUCGGCACCGCCUGCACUCUGGACAAACUCAGCCCUGGGACUGCUCCAAACACCACCACACAUACCAACACACAUACACUCCCCAACACUGCCCCCACAUCCAAUGCCUGCAACUCCCCCUCCAAGGACAGCAAAGAGUGAGUAUUGAAUGACUGUAUGAGCAUGGAGCCUGUGUGUGCGCGUGUGCAUGCGAGAGAGGGAAAGAGUGUAUGUGUCCAUGUCCUGCCAUUGUACUGACUCUGUGUGUGUGUUUUAGUAUUUUUGAGGUUCUCAACAUGUGGUGUUUGUUAGGGCUGGGCGGUAUACCGUAUUUUACUAUAUACCGGUAUUGAUGCACGGACUGGUUUGGAUUUUUUCUUUAUCUUCUAUAACAGUAUUUCAAUGCUUGGUUUGUUAAAUGUGAUAUGCAAAUCUGGGGCGUGUAAUGUCAGUUUUUAUAGUUUACUCCGUUUUCUACUUGAGUCGUCUUUCUCCUAUUGUGUAGCUGCAUGCUGCUUUCCACACCAAGCCCUGACCCCUGUCACACAAGGAAAGAGCAGUUGCUCGACCACUGAGUCAGAUAAAUACAACAACAUGUUGGUGACAUGCUACUUUCCACAAGUGUUCUAAAAGUACACUAUUAGUUUGUGUAUCUUACUGUCUGCUAGUUUGUAAUUUCUUAGAAAGUUAGCCGCUAAUGCUAAUCGCUAGCUAGCUGGCUAAAUGUACUCAGUCAGAGCAAACGUAAUAUAGCCUGGUACCAGUGCUGGUGUAGGCCUAGAUACGCAUGUUGUUUGUGAAACGGUGUAUUCUAAAUCAGAGAGGAAUAGGCGAAGCAUGAAUAGCUAGCUACGUGAGGUAAGAACAUGUAAUGUAACAUCUAAUUAUGAUCACCUGGAAACACUGACCAACACUUGGAUCCUACCCUGUCAAUAAUUAUUCCCUGGCUUAUUAAUUCGUUGUCAUGUCAAACAACUAUGUAUUCAUUGUGCUGCCCACUAUAUUCCAACUAUAUAAUUAGAAUAAUCAUUCUAUUUCCAUGACUCCAACAGUUCACCAAUUAACUAGGCCAAGAUUCUUUGCCUGUGUCAUCCUGCCUUGCGUGGCACAGUGUGGAAAUGAUAACAAAAGGACAGGAAAUGCUGAAAUUGAUUUUUGUUUCAAGUUGGAUUUAACAGUAUAAAACAGAAUGGAGAAAGCCCCAUUUGAAAUCACAUAAUUUGUGUUGCCACCCUAGGGUCGUGAACCACUCAUAAAACAUAUUAAGAUAUUUUAAUAUUCCAAAACUGUCAUACCGUAAAAAAGUGAAAAAUAUUAUGAUAUGAUAUGUUGCCUGUAUCGUCCAGCCCUAGUGUGUUUUUGUAUUAUAAUCAUGUGACAUGGCUACAGUACAUUCCAUAUCUGGGACAUACACACGUACACACACAACCCCCUUCCCUGUACAGCCUCCCCCUGUCUCUCUGUCUGUCUGUCUGAUAGUUAUCCAGGCUAAUCAAUGUACUGUGUGCUCCUGUGGUUAAGCUUUUUUGACUAGUACUCCACUAUCAAUAGCGUACCUACUGCUGCUAGUGAGUUCUAGAUGCAUUGUAUGUCUGAGAGCUGUGCAUGAGCUUGUAACUGCUCGUGCACGGUCGGAGAGGAAUGGAAAAGGGGAGGGAUGGAUGGAGGGGAGGGAUGAAAGGAGGUAGGGUGGGUGCCCGAUGCAAGUGUUUUCUUUAGCUACAGCAUGUACAGUGAGGGGAAAAAAUUAUUUGAUCCCCUGCUGAUUUUGUACGUUUGCCCACUGACAAAGACAUGAUCAGUCUAUAAUUUUAAUGGUAGGUUUAUUUGAACAGUGAGAGACAGAAUAACAACAAAUAAAUCCAGAAAAACGCAUGUCAAAAAUGUUUUAAAUUGAUUUGCAUUUUAAUGAGGGAAAUAAGUAUUUGACCCCUCUGCAAAACAUGACUUAGUACUUGGUGGCAAAACCCUUGUUGGCAAUCACAGAGGUCAGACGUUUCUUGUAGUUGGCCACCAGGUUUGCGCACAUCUCAGGAGGGAUUUUGUCCCACUCCUCUUUGUAGAUCUUCUCCAAGUCAUUAAGGUUUCGAGGCUGACGUUUGGCAACUCAAACCUUCAGCUCCCUCCACAGAUUUUCUAUGGGAUUAAGGUCUGGAGACUGGCUAGGCCCCUCCAGGACCUUAAUGUGCUCCUUCUUGAGCCACUCCUUUGUUGCCUUGGCCGUGUGUUUUGGGUCAUUGUCAUGCUGGAAUACCCAUCUACGACCCAUUUUCAAUGCCCUGGCUGAGGGAAGGAGGUUCUCAUCCAAGAUUUGACGGUACAUGGCCCUGUCCAUCGUCCCUUUUAUUGCGGUGAAGUUGUCCUGUCCCCUUAGCAGAAAAACACCCCCAAAGCAUAAUGUUUCCACCUCCAUGUUUGACGGUGGGGAUGGUGUUCUUGGGGUCAUAGGCAGCAUUCCUCCUCCUCCAAACACGGCGAGUUGAGUUGAUGCCAAAGAGCUCGAUUUUGGUAUCAUCUGACCACAACACUUUCACCCAGUUCUCCUCUGAAUCAUUCAGAUGUUCAUUGGCAAACUUCAGACGGGCCUGUAUAUGUGCUUUCUUGAGCAGGGGGACCUUGCGGGCGCUGCAGGAUUUCAGUCCUUCACGGCGUAGUGUGUUACCAAUUGUUUUCUUGGUGACUAUGGUCCCAGCUGCCUUGAUAUCAUUGACAAGAUCCUCCCAUGUAGUUCUGGGCUGAUUCCUCACCGUUCUCAUGAUCAUUGCAACUCCACGAGGUGAGAUCUUGCGUGGAGCCCCAGGCCGAGGGAGAUUGACAGUUCUUUUGUGUUUCUUCCAUUUGCAAAUAAUCGCACCAACUGUUGUCACCUUCUCACCAAGCUGCUUGGCGAUGGUCUUGUAGCCCAUUCCAGCCUUGUGUAGGUCUACAAUCUUGUCCCUGACAUCCUUGGAGAGCUCUUUGGUCUUGGCCAUGUUGGAGAGUUUGGAAUCUGAUUGAUUGAUUGCUUCUGUGGACAGGUGUCUUUUAUACAGGUAACAAGAUGAGAUUAGGAGCACUCCCUUUAAGAGUGUGCUCCUAAUCUCAGCUCGUUACUUGUAUAAAAGACACCUGGGAGCCAGAAUUCUUUCUGAUUGAGAGGUGGUCAAAUACUUAUUUCCCUCAUUAAAAUGCAAAUCAAUUUAUAACAUAACAUUUAUGACAUGCGUUUUUCUGGAUUUUUUUGUUGUUAUUCUGUCUCUCACUGUUCAAAUAAACCUACCAUUAAAAUUAUAGACUGAUCAUGUCUUUGUCAGUGGGCAAACGUACAAAAUCAGCAGGGGAUCAAAUACUUUUUUCCCUCACUGUAGGUGGAUGUUAAAAUGCAAAAGGAGGGGGUAGAGAACCACUUACAGUGGGGAAAAAAAGUAUUUAGUCAGCCACCAAUUGUGCAAGUUCUCCCACUUAAAAAGAUGAGAGGCCUGUAAUUUUCAUCAUAGGUACACGUGAACUAUGACAGACAAAAUGAGGGGAAAAAAAUCCAGAAAAUCACAUUGUAGAAUUUUUUAUGAAUUUAUUUGCAAAUUAUGGUGUAAAAUAAGUAUUUGGUCAAUAACAAAAGUUUCUCAAUACUUUGUUAUAUACCCUUUGUUGGCAAUGACACAGGUCAAACGUUUUCUGUAAGUCUUAACAAGGUUUUCACACACUGUUGCUGGUAUUUUGGCCCAUUCCUCCAUGCAGAUCUCCUCUAGAGCAGUGAUGUUUUGGGGCUGUCGCUGGGCAACAGACUUUCAACUCCCUCCAAAGAUUUUCUAUGGGGUUGAGAUCUGGAGACUGGCUAGGCCACUCCAGGACCUUGAAAUGCUUCUUACGAAGCCACUCCUUCGUUGCCCGGGCGGUGUGUUUGGGAUCAUUGUCAUGCUGAAAGACCCAGCCACGUUUCAUCUUCAAUGCCCUUGCUGAUGGAAGGAGGUUUUCACUAAAAAGCUCACGAUACAUGGCCCCAUUCAUUCUUUCCUUUACACGGAUCAGUCGUCCUGGUCCCUUUGCAGAAAAACAGCCCCAAAGCAUGAUGUUUCCACCCCCAUGCUUCACAGUAGGUAUGGUGUUCUUUGGAUGCAACUCAGCAUUCUUUGUCCUCCAAACACGACGAGUUGAGUUUUUACCAAAAAGUUCUAUUUUGUUUUCAUCUGACCAUAUGACAUUCUCCCAAUCCUCUUCUGGAUCAUCCAAAUGCACUCUAGCAAACUUCAGACGGGCCUGGACAUAUACUGGCUUAAGCAGGGGGACACAUCUGGCACUGCAGGAUUUGAGUCCCUGGCAGCGUAGUGUGUUACUGAUGGUAGGCUUUGUUACUUUGGUCCCAGCUCUCUGCAGGUCAUUCACUAUUAAUUAAUUAAUUAAUUAAUUAAUUAAUAUUAAUUAAUAUGCCAUUUAGCAGACGCUUUUAUCCAAAGCGACUUACAGUCAUGAGUGCAUACAUUUUUGUGUAUGGGUGGUCCCGGGGAUCGAACCCACUACCUUGGCGUUACAAGCGCCGUGCUCUACCAGCUGAGCUACAGAGGACCAAAAAUCCCCGUGUGGUUCUGGGAUUUUUGCUCACCGUUCUUGUGAUCAUUUUGACCCCACGGGGUGAGAUCUUGCGUGGAGCCCCAGAUCGAGGGAGAUUAUCAGUGGUCUUGUAUGUCUUCCAUUUCCUAAUAAUUGCUCCCACAGUUGAUUUCUUCAAACCAAGCUGCUUACCUAUUGCAGAUUCAGUCUUCCCAGCCUGGUGCAGGUCUACAACUUUGUUUCUGGUGUCCUUUGACAGCUCUUUGGUCUUGGCCAUAGUGGAGUUUGGAGUGUGACUGUUUGAGGUUGUGGACAGGUGUCUUUUAUACUGAUAACAAGUUCAAACAGGUGCCAUUAAUACAGGUAACGAGUGGAGGACAGAGGAGCCUCUUAAAGAAGAAGUUACAGGUCUGUGAGAGCCAGAAAUCUUGCUUGUUUGUAGGUGACCAAAUACUUAUUUUCCACCAUAAUUUGCAAAUAAAUUCAUUAAAAAUCCUACAAUGUGAUUUUCUGGAGAAAAAAAUUCUCUAUUUGUCUGUCAUAGUUGACGUGUACCUAUGAUGAAAAUUACAGGCCUCACUCAUCUUUUUAAGUGGGAGAACUUGCACAAUUGGUGGCUGACUAAAUACUUUUUUUCCCCACUGUAUUUUGUCUUGUCUUUUGUUGUGCUCUAUUUUUCUUUGCUGCAAUGUUGUGGUGUGUUGUGUUUCUCUUCUUCUCUGCCUUUGCUGCACACGGAUUGGCUCUUCUCUUGCUGUGUGCGUUUGGAUUCGUCUACUCUCUGUCUCUGCGUGGUGAAUGGUUCAGGUCUCCCCUGGCCCACGGAUGUCGCUCCACCCACAACAGCCCUGUCCACUCAACCUGCAGCUCUCAGAGACUGUCCCACUCCCAGAACUUCUCUGUCUCUGUCCCUACUCUGGUCUUCACUGGUACGGACAGAAAAAAAGAGGGAGAGUGUGAAGGAGGGAGGGAGAGAAGGGGAGGCAGGAAGAUAAAUAUUGUCCCAGAACUUCUGUGUUCCUACAUGGGCCUUCACUGGUACAUAGAGAGGGAGGGAGGGAUUAUUAAAGAGGGAUAA